GAUUAGAGGAGGGGAGGGGGGAUGAGGUAUUCAUGCUUCGCAACUGUUUGUAACAAUGGCUGCAGUGUUUAACGCUUUGAACGAAGACUGUAAAGCAAAAUUUCAGCAUUUAGCAUGCAGUUUAACAAGUUUUGUCCAUGGAAGUGGUGAAGGUGACAGACAAAAAUUAAACUCAAUAUUCGACGAACUAAAUGCUCUGGACUUCAGGUCACCUUUGGUUGGCAAUUCAGACAAAGCUGUUCAUAUCGUAAAUCAGUGUUCUUCUGUUGUGCCUCCAAAUGACACUUUCUUGGUAGCAAAGGCAUGUCAGUUAAUUUCAAAUUUAAUCAUGAGGCAAGAUGUGAAGGUGGAAGGUAGACCACUGUCUGCUGCAGUCAGAUGGUGCGUACAGUGCCUGAAGUGCUGUGGAGAUGCUGCCAUACUGGAUAUUCUUCUGGCUCUUGAAACUCUGCUGCGUGGAAAUGGAAGCAGCAUCCACGAGCAGAUGCAUGAGUUGGUCGGAGAAAAUGGUGCAUUGACAUUUUUACUGGAUGAUGGAAGAGGACCAGACAGAAAAGGAGACAGACUAAUAUUGGUAUCAUCUUGGGAAGUGCAUCUUAUGACCAUCAAAUGCUUUGAAUCCUUGGUUUUCCUUCCAGACACCAAGGGUCCUCCUGCAGGAGGACUGCAACUGCCAUAUCUUGAAGUUUGUGCACAAGUUUUUCUGAAACAGUUGUAUGUUGAGAAACAUCUAGAACAAGACGAGCUUCUUUACUGUAAGGUUCUAACUGUGUCAUUACGAGGACUGCAGAGCAUUCUACAACAGUCUGCACAUUUAGUGAAGCAGCUUCUAGGAGAAGCACUGGGUGUGAUCAGGACCUACAUGCUGUAUGGGAUACAUGGUUACGCUGAUUUACGACCACAGCAGGUUUUCCCAGCAAACCUUUCUCUAUGUGACAUGAGGCAAAGUGGUAGAGGUGGUAAGAGUUCCCGAGCGAGGAAACGAAAUUUGCAACAUCAGAAGAAGUCAGAUUCUGCCACAAGGAAGAAUGUUGAAGCUGGAUUCGGACAAGAUCUCACAUACACUGUGGGUGAUUCUGUGGCAGCUGAGAGUAGUUUGGGAACUUCUCUUUACCCUUGUUUGCUGAAAACCAGUGAUUCAGACUUUUCAGAUGCAGAAGGAGGGCAAGCAGUCAAAACCAGAGUCACGCAGGGAAGAGUGCGGAAGGCCGCACUGUCACUCCUGGCGUGCAUCACUAAGGUGUGUGAACAGAAAGUGUUGUUUGGCUACUGGUCAAGCCUUUUGCCUGAUGGGAAAGACAUGUUGCAUGCACCCACAUUAUGCGCUUGUCUGCUGAAGGAUCCAUCAUCAAGCAACCGGACGCUAGUGCUGCAGAUUCUCAUUGCCAUGCUCAUGCGCUCCAGGUUGUAUCUCUCUCAGGCUGAAGAAAGUUCCAAGAACUUCACAUCAUUUACAGCAUUCUCAGUAACAGUUGGUAAUAUUGUGUGGGAAUUACACCAGUCACUCUGCAUGGCGCUCGCAAUGGAGAAUUCCAUUCUUGUCAUCAUACAGCUUCUUAAAUGCCUGGCUGCCCUGAUCCAGAACACACCCUACCAUCGCCUAAAAACUGGACUGAUCACCCAGCUCGUUGAAAAUGUUAGACCAUACCUCAGACAUAAGGAUUCAGGCAUUAAGGUGGCAUCCCUGACAGUUUUGGGGGCUGUCGUAGCAGUAGACCCAGUCACACCUGAAAUUAUGGACAUCCUUUGCGAAGGCUCAGUGAUAGAUUGCAGGCAGAAAGCCUGUGAUACUGCAUACAGGGCAAGUGAUGUGCAGCGUGAUUUGAGCCAGGACAGAAAUCAUGAAGACAGUACUGCUGUCCCUCUACAGUGUGACAAUACACAUAUAUCUUGGUUACUGGAAGUGUGUCUGAAAAAUCUCCAACAACCUUCCCUAAGUGAAGGAAUAAGAACAAUGAGGGUUGAUGAUGAUGUGGGUCUUUUGCCAUGUUCAGCGCCUGUGAGGAUUGAAUCGCAGCAAGUACUUACGAUUCUGGCACGAAAGCACUUCAUUCCGGUUGUGAACAGACAUCUUGGACAACUUAUGCAACUGCUAGGAUGGACACUGACCGAUGCAAAUGUGAACGUAUGUCUUCACUCUGGACGUGUCAUUGAAGCCUUAGGCAUUUCCAUGUGGCAGUGUCUUAGGGAGCAAGAUGGAUCAACAGCAGGUUUGUUAGACAGAAACCUCCAAUUUUGGCAAACAGUUCUCUCAGGACCUCUCAUCUCACUGGUUCAGAAUGUUGAAGAAGCAAGUCUGCGAGCCGUUGGCUGUGACUGCCUGGCUGCCAUCGGAGCAGAAGUGUUCGAACAACUACCACGCAACAAACAGAUUCUGAUAGUCACAUUACUCUUUGGAUGCAGUCAUGAUGAGGAUAUCGGUGUGCGGUCUUCUGCAGUGCGGGCCCUUGCAACAUGUGUUCUGUUUCCAGCACUAAGAGCAGAUAUUCACUUCAUUAUUGAUGCAGCUGAAUGUGCAAUUAGAACAGUUCAUGAUGAGUCAUUACUAGUGCGCACGAAAGCGUCAUGGUGUCUUGGCAACCUAAGUGAAGCCCUGGUUCUCAGUUCGAUGGCUGAUGACACUGAAGAUAUUCCCAAAGAACUUUUUUUAAAACUGAUGGAAACAAGUAUUAAAGCUGCUCAUGAUAAUGAUAAGGUACGAUCCUGUGCAGUGAGAGCGGUGGGGAAUUUUGUAAGACUAGUCACAGAAGAUCUGAUGAAUAAAAGUGAUUUUAGAGAAUGUAAUGAUAAAGCUAUUGCUGUGUUGGUGCAUAAUUCAACAAAAGGAAAUAACAUGAAGGUGAGAUGGAAUGCAUGUUAUGCCAUUGGAAACAUGAUGAGAAACAGUGCCUUAUACUCAGUGAACUCUGUUUGGCAGAACACAGUAUUCUCUGCCCUGACUAAGCUAGUGCAGGACGCUCGUAAUUUUAAAGUACGGAUCAGUGCUGCUACAGCACUGGCUGUCCCUUCAAAUAGGCAGCAGUAUGGUUCCUGCUACAUUAGCACAUGGACUGCCCUGCUCAAUGGACUUGAUAAUUCACAGAAUAUGGAAGAUUUCAGUGAAUAUCAGCACCGUGACAGUCUUCUUAAUCAGAUCUGUCUGACACUAAGCCACCUGGCAAGUGUGGCCACAAGACGAGAUCUAGCUCCUCUUCAAGAUCUGCUUACGUUUCACCUUGAUACACUACAGCAACAUUUGCUCAGGUUCCACGAGCGAGUUGUUCCUGAGAAGGCCGCAGCACUAGCCGCUGCUUCCAAUCAUGCCACAUCCCUACUUCACCUGUCUGACCUAACCCCUAAUGAGAACAGUGCUGCUGCUCUUCUCACCAGUAUGUUUUUACAAGACCCUGACCUGCCCUUGCAUCAAAAUUAAAUUGAUAAUAAAUAUAAUUCUAUGGUUCCUACACAAGGUUUGUCUGGAGAAAUGGUUAAAAUGUGAACACUACAAACCAGCUGUACUGAUACGAUCAAUAAAAGGCACAUGCACAUUUUAAACUCUCACUUCCCUAA